AUGUCCAGAUCUUUGAGACCCCCACGACUGCUCAUUGCGGCAAUGACAACUGCUCCUGCAGUGGUACCUGCAACUGUGCCCCCGGUGAUUGCAAGUGCGGCAGCAAGUAAAUGCUUUCCAACGCAUCCAAUGACUCGUAUUCAUAACUUUUCACCUGUCAUGCACGCCAAAGGAGCCCACCUGUCCCAAUUGCCUAUCUUGCGCCUUUCCUCAUCGUCGACGAAUAAACACAACCCCUUUCUUGGGCGCCCCAGCUGUAGCCCUUAUCGCAAGAACGAUGACGUUCCCGCAGAGAAGCCCUCGAAAUCAGGUGCCUAG